GCUGAGUUUCUUCUCAUGGGGCCCCUGCUCUCCUGGGGACCAGCGUUAUACCAGUGGCUAGAAGCAGAUCGCCAUGGCAGGAGUCCAGAGGCUGCAAACCCAGGGGAGAACUUCGAGCAGAGCCCCCUCAAGAGAACCUUCAAGUCCAAAGUCCUCGCUCACUAUCCGGAGACCGUGGAGUGGAACCCCUUCGACCAGGAUGCGGUGAACAUGCUCUGCAUGCCCAAGGGGCUGUCCUUCCGGACCCAGCUGGACAGCCGGGAGCCGCAGUUCCACUCCUACCUCAUCACGCGGGAGGACGGCUCGCGCACCUACGGCUUCGUGCUGACCUUCUACGAGGAGGUGACCAGCAGGCAGAUCUGCAGCGCCAUGCAGACGCUGUACCAGAUGCACCAGGCGGAGCACGCGGGCAGCGUCUGCGCCUCCUCCUCCUGCAGCAUGGACUCGCUGGCCAGCAGCCUGGACGAGGGCGAGGCCGGCCCCCUGAGCAAGCCGCCCUGCUGCGGCGCCUACGACGCCGGCCGCGACACGCUCUACGUGUCCAAGGCCAUCUGCCUGGUGGCGCCGCUGCCCUUCAUGCACGCCUGCCGCCAGUUCCUCCUGCAGCUGCACCGCGCCGUCACCGCGCCCCAGCCGCCCCCGCUGCCCCUGGAGAGCUACGUCCACAACAUCCUGUACGAGGUCCCCCUGCCGCCCCCCGGGCGCUCGCUCAAGUUCCACGGCGUGUACGAGCCCGUGGCGUGCCAGCGGCCGGGGCCCGGCGAGCUGCCGCUGGCGGACUACCCCCUGAGGGAGGCCUUCGAGCUGCUGGGCGUGGAGAACCUGCUGCAGCUCUUCACCUGCGUGCUGCUGGAGGUUGCUCUCGCUCUCUCCCCCGCAGACUACCAGCGGCUGAUGACGGUGGCCGAGGGCGUCACGACUCUGCUCUUCCCCUUCCAGUGGCAGCACGUGUACGUGCCCAUCCUGCCCGCCUCGCUGCUGCACUUCCUGGAUGCCCCGGUCCCCUACCUGAUGGGCCUGCAGUCCAAGGAGGGGACAGACCGAUCCAAGCUGGAGCUGCCCCAGGAGGCUAACCUGUGCUUUGUGGACAUCGAUAACCACUUCAUCGAGCUGCCCGAGGACUUCCCGCAGUUCCCCAGCAAGCUGGAGUUCAUUCAGGAGAUCUCCGAGGUGCUGCUGCGCUUCGGCAUCCCGCCCGAGGGCCGCCUGCACUGCAGCGACAGCGCCACCCGCCUGCAGAGCCUGGCGCUGCAGGACCUGGUCAACGACGGGAAGAACGGCAACCUGCCCGGCGACGCCCUGGCCGUGUUCGAGCUGCUGCAGGGCAACGCCACGCUGGCGCGGCUGCAGGCCCUGGCACGGCGCUCGGGGGUCACGGUGGGCCCCGUGGGGGCGCCAGGCCGCGGGGACUCCAAGGGCGGGCGCCUGCAGUGCGCCGAGGAGGAGCUGCGUGACGCCCAGCUCAACGUGCAGGUCCGGGAGGUCUUCGCCAACCGCUUCACGCAGAUGUUCGCCGACUACGAGGCCUUCGUCAUCCCCUGCGCGCAGGACCUGGAGUCCUGGCUCACCGGCCGCGAGCAGAUGCAGAACUUCGACAAGGUGAGGCGGGGGGGUAAUGGGCUCGUGCCUGUGUUCAGGACCCCAAAUGGGCUCGGGUACAGGUUCCAGCAAGUCAGGUCUGCCCCCAGCAGACAUCCCGGCUUCCCAGUGUCAGUGCCAGAGCCGUACAGCUUUCGAUUCACAUUUCAGCUGGGGCACUGGCUGACCGUAGCUGGGGUCACGCUGGUCCGUGCGUCUCCCACAGCCCAGGCCAUCGAGCAGAGGCUGACGAAGAUCGACCACACAGCCAUCCACCCACACCUGCUGGAUAUGAAGAUCGGCCAGGGCAAGUACGAGCCGGGCUCCUUCCCCAGGCUGCAGGCGGACGUGCUGUCGACAGGCCCCACCAACAACAACCGGUGGACCAGCCGCUCGGCCACAGGCCAGCGCAGGAAGGACCGUCUCAGACAGCACUCGGAGCACCUGGGGCUGGACAACGACCUGAGAGAGGUACGGCACGCCCGGCCCUGCCAGGAGCACCCCCCGGCUCCGGUGCCCAAAGCUCUUUCAUUCUGCGGUGUUCUCCAUCUCCUGCGGUGUCAUGUCCCCUUCGGGAGCAUGUUUUUCUCAUGCAGUGUGCAUCUGUCUCUCCUGUCCUGUUACAUGCAGCUGAUUUAUCGGCUGGGUAACGUGUUCCAGACUCCCACAGCCCUCUGGGUAAAGGGGUGUCUCCUGGUCUCUGUCUUAAAUCACUUCCACACAGUUCCCACUUGUGUCCUCUGGUGCGUGUUUCUCUGUUCUUGCUGGGUUGACCUUGUUGUGGGACUCCGUGGGGGACCGCUCCACACUGACGCGUCCUGUCCUCCUCAGACCAAGCGCAUGCUGGUGGAGAAGAUGGGUCACGAGGCUGUGGAGCUGGGCCAUGGGGAGGCCAGCAUCACGGGCCUGGAGGAGAACACGCUCAUCGCCAGCCUGUGUGACCUGCUGGAGAGGAUCUGGAGCCACGGCCUGCAGGUCAAACAGGGGAAGUCUGCUCUGUGGUCUCAUCUGCUCCAGUACCAGGAGAGGGAGGAGAGGCAGGAGCCCUCUGCAGGGUCUCCAGUUCCUCUCGGGCCGGAAAGACGGCAGUCGGAAUCGGGGUUGUCCAUGCCUGCCCUCCGGGUGUCACUCAUCCAGGACAUGAGGUUCGUACAGCGGCGCCGAGCUCUGAGGGGCACGGCCAGCCUACUGUCACACACUGUCCCUUAAAACAGGAUGUCUUUGCCCCCUUCAGAAGAGCUGUCAAGUCCUUUAAGGACUGUCUCUUCUAUCACAACUCAGAAGCUGUACAAGCGCUACGCUUUCCUGCGCUGCGAAGAAGAGAAGGAGCAGUUCCUGUUUCACCUCCUGUCGCUCAACGCAGUGGACUACUUCUGCUUCACCAGCGUCUUCACCACUAUCAGUGAGUCUAAGAGAACUGUCUCUGGCGGGAACAUUGCAUGCGAGCGCAUGGUGUUCUGCCUUUUCAAAUUUUGUGCUGUGUCCACUCAUUCCUUUCUUGACUGCUGUGAGAUGGCCAGAGUCUGGUCACCUGGCAGUGCGCCCCAAUUCCAAUUCCUCGUCCCCCGCUUCUAUUCAUGGAAGACCAGUGUCGUUGAGCAGACUGAAGUUGUUUCAGGGCUACAGCAAUGUACUAAUUUUCUCUUCCUUUCCCAGAAUGGUUUUAGGCCUCAUCACACCCACAUCUCCGCUGUGUUCAAGUGUCAGAACCUGGGGAAGCUGACGACUGUCCAGAUCGGCCAUGACAACUCUGGGAUUCUUGCCAAGUGGCUGGUGGACUGUGUGAUGGUGCGGAACGAAAUCACGGGCCACACCUACAGGAGAGGGCAUGUGAAGUUGGGGCGUGAGACCGUGAAUCCUGCCUCCGGUAACUGCUUCCUCUUCCUCCCUCCAGAACUAACGGCUGCGCAGAUCCAGGAGGCUGUGGGCGAGGCUGUGAACAACAUAGUCAAGCACUUCCACAAGCCUGAGAAAGAGAGGGGGAGCCUCACCGUCCUGCUGUGCGGGGAGAGUGGCCUGGUCGUGGCCCUGGAGCAGUUCUUCCACCACGGCUUCAAGUCCACCCGCAUCUUCCAGAAGAACGUCUUCAUGUGGGACUUCAUGGAGAGAGCCGCCGUCUACCUCGCGGGUCCCGAACAGAGCGAGGACACCGAGGAGCUCCUGGAGUCCUGCAGGACCUUCGGCCAGUACGUGCACGCCGUCAACGGGACGUCCCGGAGCAUCGGCAAGGACACGAAGUUUCAGCUGCUGGUCUGUCUCGGCGCGAGGGACCGCUCGCUGCCGCGCUGGCUGCCCCUGCUGGCGGAGUGCCCCCUGCUGGAGAGGAUGUACGAGGAGCACGCGCUGCUGCGGGACCACCAGGCGGUCAGCUCCCUCGGCGGGGUGCUGCGGACCCUCCAGGAGUUCAACAUCACGCUGGAGUCCUCACUGGUCAAGGGCAUAGACCUGUAGCCCCGCGGCGGCGCAGGCCUGGCCGGGCUUCCCCUGGAUCGCUGAGCCGCUGGCAGCGCAACGCCGGAGGGAGAGACUGGACCGACUGGACCGACGGGGCCCAGGAGGCCCACGUCUACAUGCUGUGCACAGAGAG